UCUCAGGGUCUGCGUAUUGCUCCACCGGAGGCGCCAGUCACCGGCUACAUGUUCGGCAAAGGAAUCUACUUUGCCGACAUGGUUAGCAAAUCAGCCAAUUACUGUUGCACAACACCAGGACAACCAGAGGGACUACUGUUACUAUGUGAGGUGAUCUUGGGCAAUAUGCACGAAUGUACAAUGGCGAACAGUAGUCCGUUACCGGAGGGCAUGCAUAGUCGAAAAGGUAUCGGUUCUACGCACCCGGAUCCGUCAACCUAUUAUACCAGUCCGGAUGGAGUAAUCUAUCCGAUUGGGAAACCCGAACCGUCCGGAGUGGCGGGAACCUCGUUGCUCUACAAUGAGUAUAUUGUGUACGACGUAGCCCAGGUGAAACAGAAAUACCUGGUCCGAGUGAAAUUUGUCUACAACUGA